UGCCCUUUAACUUAACACUUUUAUAAGACACAUCGCUAGUCGCCAUGUUUGAUACUACCAAGUACUUUCCCCGUUCGAUUGAGUCGGAGCACCCCUCCCAGCUGGAGUCCGAUGACUCCACGUUCUUGGAUAACCCGGUUACCUACGACAUGGUUCACGAUCUGCAGGGGAAUCCUCUGGACUUGAAAGACGCAGAAGUAGCAUCGGUGUCCGAAGCGAACGCCCAGGAAUCUGAAACCACCGAAACCGUUGAGUCUGCAGAAGCCACUUUGGCACCAUCUCCCCAGUUGAUGAUCAUUUUCGGGGAAGGCGACAUCAACAGUGCCCUCCACUUUCUUCUGGAGUCCGUCCAUAACCCCUUUGCCCCCAAUGCGGUGGCCAUGGUUCUGGUAGAGGAGAGAGUUCGCGAAGAGGUCGUCAAGAAAAUCCUUCCGCAGCUUCAUCCCUUGGCCGAGUUCGUGGCCGAACAUCCCAAUUUUCAGGCAGCUAUGGAGAAACUGGAGUCAUCCAAUCUGGAAGUAAUCAAAGCUGAAACUUCCGAGGUGGCACCACCACUGGCUUCUCCGAUCUUCGUCUGCGAGUGCACCCACGAUGAGCUGGGGCGUUACCCCACUGGGGUUGUGACUUUCCACACUUUCCGCUGCAACAUAGAGGCCAUCGACAUUUGCCACCGGGAAACCCUGCCCUUCGCAUCCGUGUCCAUCUGGAACGAGUCCCUUCACGGCUGCUACGAGCUCGCAGUGGCCCUCGAUUCACCCCAUUUCUUUAUGAAUUGCACAAACAUCGACCUCACGCCUAUUGCCAAGGAUCUUGAAGGGGAGAACAACACUGUGGUGAUCGAAAAGGGCUUUCACUUCGAAACCCUGCGCAUCUACAACAAAUUCAAGUCCAUUGUUUUCCCAUUGGGGAACUAAUCUUGCCCAAGGCCGAAGACGCCAAGCAGGAGCAGGCGCCCAUCUCCUUUCUGGAAGCUUGAGAUCGGAGUGUCAUUUCGAUUUCCUUAAUACUCGCUGCCAAAUAUGUCUGCCAAAUACAAAUUCCAAGUUA